AUGCAAGUCACGGCUUUUGCCCGUCUAGCAGACAAAGCUGCCAGAUGGCCUAUCCAGACGGUUGUUUUGGUUUCACUGUUGGUGACGGGUGUGUAUGUUGCCAUGCUGGACCUGUCGGUGAACAGCUUCCUGUCGCCGCUCUCCCGCACGUACCUCAUUUCAGGUCCGGAUGCUUGGGCGCCAACCACAAACUUUGACGCAAAAGCACCGCGUUUCGUAGGCGCGCCAUUGCAGUUUGCCUCAGUGGGUGCCAGCGAAACGGCUGUCGACUACGUGCUCUCGCUUCUGCCUGAGCAGGCUGUCGUGGAUGAAGGCUCCAUUUUGGUGCGCCCAAGUGAGUAUCUUGCGUGGGCGGCCAAGGUGCGCAGCUUCGCAGUUGAUAAUGGCGACUCGGUUGAGAAAUGGCGCCUCAGAGAUACCUACUCCUGGGUGGUGUGGGUGAAGUGGUGCUUCCACCAUUUGCAAGACCUCGUCGGCGCUACCCCAAUCUUCGAUUUGGGCAUAGUAGGAAUCGCCUACAUCGCCAUGUACUACGUUUUUUUCUCGACUUGGCGUCAGGCCCGCGCCUUGGGCUCGCGUGGCUUCAUGUUUGUCUCGGCCCUCAUCUCGUCCACCUUCUCGUUCAUGAUCGCGUAUGUGACCGUUUCCCAAGCCGGUAUCUCGGUGCCUAUGCGCGUACUUUUACAAGGUGUCCCUUUCUUUGUGGUCGUUGUUGGUUUCGACACUAAAGUUUCGUUUUACCGUGAGUGUGUGCGUGUUCUCCGCAAGCAGCCCGAGAUGUCUCCGGCGGUUAUCGUGACCUCAGUUCUCAAUACUCGUGGUGUAAAGCUUUUGCGCGAUAACUUGAUUGAAAUUGCUUUUCUCUCAGUCGCUGUCGUCUUCAGACUCCCGGAUCUGUGGGAAUUCUGCGCCAUGUGCGCCCUGCUUUUGGUCGUCGAUGUUUUCAUGCUGUCGACAUUUUACGCCGCUCUCCUUUCAAUCAAGCUUUCAAUGAUGCGUGUUGAGCGCAACGAUGCUAUCAGGAGAGCUCUCGAGGAAGACGGCGUUUCUGAAAAGGCCGCCGAGCAGUACGCGGAUGCAGCAUUGGGCACUCACUUCAGUGCAGCCGCCGAGUCGCCUAUUCUCCCGUCUUGGAAGUCUAGCCUUUUCAAAACAGCAUUCUUGAUCGCAGCUGUUCUUGCAAAUUGGUUGGAAAUCUACUCUUUCCCCAUCUCUUUGUGGAUCGACUCGGCUGACCUGAGAGAACCUGAUGUUAAUGUUUUUGCUUCCCAUAUUCUGCGCAAGGAUGAGCCGGCGCUUUUAACCCUGAUUCCGGCCCUCAAAUUUGUGCGCGCUCAAGACGAGGGCUUCAUCCACCGCCUGUGGGCUUUGUGUCGCGAAGAUAGCUCCAUUCUGCGCAGCCUGGUUGCCGGGUUGGCUUUGUCUUUGGUUCUUAAUGGCUAUUUGCUUAGGUUGAUUCGCAAGCAAGCUGCCGUCGUCAAGGUGGUUGAAAAGCGUGUGCCUGUUAUUGUUGAGCGCCAGCAAAGUAGCGAAAAGUUGUCGAUCGUCACCCCGUUGGAAACCCCAAGUGCAGAGUCGCUGCCUAUGCGCUCUAUGGAUGACAGCAUUGCUCUUCUAAAGGCUGGCAUGGCUAAUGAUUUAACCAACGAAGAGCUUGUCGAUCUUGGCUUGUCUGGCAAGUUACCACUUUAUGCUCUUGAGAAGCAGCUUGGCGAUGCUACCCGGGCUGUCGUGGUUCGCCGCUCAGUCGUAUCACGUCUGUCUAAUACGAAAACCCUCGAGGCGUCAAAAUUGCCUUGGCAAAGCUAUGAUUAUGACCGUGUUCUUGGAGCAUGCUGCGAAAAUGUUAUUGGUUAUAUGCCGUUGCCUGUGGGAGUUGCAGGACCGAUUCUCAUUGACGGCAAAGAGUUCUUCCUUCCUCUGGCUACUACCGAGGGUGUACUGGUUGCAUCUACAAUGCGUGGAUGCAAAGCUAUCAACGGCGGUGGUGGUGUCACUACUGAAAUCUUGCAAGACGGUAUGACCCGCGGCCCCUGUGUCACAUUCGACUCCCUGCGCCAGGCUGCUUCAGCUAAAAGGUGGCUUGAUUCGGAAGAGGGCCUGCGUGCUAUGCGCAAGGCGUUCGAGUCCACAUCCCGGUUUGCCAAACUCGCGUCUAUCAAAACUGCGCUGGCAGGAACCCUUCUUUUCAUUCGAUUCCGCGCCCGCACUGGUGAUGCUAUGGGGAUGAAUAUGAUUUCUAAGGGCGUUGAGCGUGCAUUGCAGGCUAUGGCUGAGGAGCAUGGAUACGAGGAUAUGUCUGUUGUGUCAGUUUCUGGUAAUUAUUGUACAGACAAAAAGGCUUCUGCCCUGAACUGGAUUGACGGCCGGGGCAAGUCCGUGGUGGCCGAGGCCACUGUGCCUGCUGCACUCGUUCAAAAAGUCCUCAAGACGACUGUCGACGAUCUCGUCGAGCUCAACACCUCCAAGAACCUUAUUGGCUCUGCUAUGGCCGGUGUCGUUGGUGGCUACAAUGCACAUGCCGCUAACCUGGUAGCAGCGAUUUUCCUGGCUACCGGUCAGGACCCUGCUCAAGUUGUCGAAGGUUCAAACUGCAUGACUCUCAUGGCCAACGUUGAUGGUAACCUGCAAAUUUCAGUCACCAUGCCCUCUCUCGAAGUAGGCACCAUUGGGGGUGGAACCAUCCUCGAGCCUCAAGCGGCAAUGUUGGAUAUGCUUGGCGUCAAGGGCCCUCAUGCCGAAAACCCUGGCGAGAAUGCCCGUCAACUCGCUCGUGUGGUUGCAUCUGGUGUUUUGGCCGGCGAACUGUCUCUAUGCUCUGCCCUGGCGGCAGGUCAUCUUGUAAAGUCGCACAUGGCUCAUAAUCGUAAGGCUCCGGCUAAAUAG